CAUGCAUGCUAGGCGAGCACUCUACCACUGAGCCACCUUCCCAGCUGUCCACGGGGUCUCACCGGUGGUCUUCACUGUGUUGCAGCGCCCGGCAGAAGUACGUGCGCAAAGCGUGGGAGAAGGCAGACAUCAAUACGAAGUGGGCAGCCACCCGGUGGGCCAAGAAGAUUGACGCCAGGGAAAGGAAAGCCAAGAUGACAGACUUCGAUCGCUACAAAGUCAUGAAGGCCAAGAAGAUGAGGAAUCGACUCAUCAAGAACGAAGUGAAGAAACUGCAGCGAGCUGCUCUCUUGAAAGCGUCUCCCAAGAAAGCCCCAGUGGCCAAGGCCGCCAUCGCUGCCGCCGCCGCCGCAGCUGCAGCCGCCAAGGGCAAAGGCAAAGGCUCAGCCCCAGCCAAGAAGGGCGACGCCACCGCCAAGAAGCCCCUGGCCCAGAAGGCCGCCGCCCCAAAAGCCGCGGGAGCCAAGGCCGCGCAGCCUCCCAAGGCACAGAAAGGCGCCAAGCCCCCCGCAGCCAAGCCGGCCGCCCCCAAAGCGGCCGGCAAGAAAGCCUAGUGCAGAUCUUGCGAGGAAUAAAGGUUUGCUUUAUGUUGGCA